GGUUUGUUUUGAAAUGGGAAGUUUGCAGUUUGCAGCGCUUUCUCUGCAGCCGAGCGUCCGCCACAGACAAACAAGCUGCUGCCUUACAUGAAGACACGGCGGGAAAACGCAUUUUCAAGCUGAAUUUGACAGAUCAGGGUGGGAUAUGGAUGUUAUUCCCAUGUGCAGUAUAUUCCAGGAGCUGCAGAGUGUGCUUGACACGGGAUACCUGUCCGCUUUACCGUCUCUGGAGGAGUACUGGCAACAGACUUGUCUUGAGCUUGAGCGCUAUCUGCAGAACGAACCCUAUGUCUCUGCAGCAGAUCUGAGGUCAGUGUGCGAGUCGGACGAUCUGUGGAGCCAGUUUGUGCGGUGCUGUGAGACAGAGGCAAACCUGUCCCCACCGGGAGCCUCCAUCCCCAGACGAGAUGAGAUCGCAGCGUCCUCCCAUUCAUCAUUCGGCAGCUGUGAGAAGAUCAUCGCAUCUGCUGAUGUUCACACACACCCACUGGGCCACAAUGCAUCUGAGCAGCAGUGUGUAAUCGCACACACACCGCCCUCCUCGCCCUCACUGGUGAAAGAAGAUGCAGACGGGCCAAGAGGGGAAGAGGUCAGAAGUGAAGGGUCACCUGAAGGACGAAGGAGAACUCAUCGAUGCUACUUUAACGGUUGCAGGAAGGUUUACACAAAGAGCUCUCACCUGAAAGCACAUCAGCGCACACACACCGGUGAGAAGCCAUAUGGGUGUUCGUGGGACGGCUGCGAGUGGCGCUUCGCUCGUAGUGAUGAACUGACGAGGCACUUCAGAAAACACACUGGAGCAAAACCCUUCAAAUGCAGCCACUGUGACAGGUGUUUUUCUCGUUCUGAUCAUCUGGCUCUGCACAUGAAGAGACACAUCUGAAUGACGAGCAGCGAGAGACCGUCAACCAGCUACAACACAAAAACAAACCGAAAGUGUGUGUGAGAAUCCCAAACAACUGCACGGUUGUGUUUGUGUGCAUUCAGUGAGUGUCUGUGCUGCGCAUUUUGCACCUACUUCAUAUAUGCUUUCAAACCGAGACAUUAAAAAGGAUGGAAUUUUACUUGUUAAUACAAUAAACAACCUUCUGGUGCUGAAUUCAGGUUAACAUAUAUGUAGACUUUCCAAAUUGGAGUAAAUUAAUUUCACUCUGGCUUAUUAAUAUACAAUCAUCAACAGUGCAGAAUGUAAGCCAGCUUUUAUAUUCUGCACUGAAAAUGAUGCAUGCCACAGAAAGAGUGUGUGUAUAUUACACCACAAUGUGUACACUGGAUUAACUAGGCAUACAUAAAGUGUUAAUAUUUGUUUUACUUUUUGAACAUCUGAUAACAUUCCUUUCAAGUUUCAAAUAAAUAUAUUGUCAUUUAAUUUUUUUUUUUAGAUACUGAUUUCUUUUUUUGUGUUGUCUAAAAUGAAUAUAAACAUGCCGGAUAACAUAUCUUUUUUAUUUUUGACUUAGGCCCAAUCCCAAUUCCAUUUUGGUAUCCCUACUCCCUCCCUUCCCCUUGGCCCUCAAAAAUAAGUGUGAACGGGAAGGGCUUCAAAAUUUACCCCUAAGAAUGGGGACAAUGGGCAAUGGCCAUGCGUCAUCAUGUCAACGUGAUCUCUUGCUUCAUAUGAGAUCAGACGAUCGCGACUGCUGUAGUGAUUCCAGCUGUUAUUUUUUGUUUUUUAUCUUUAGGAAAUCACCGAAGGCAUAUAUCAUGUUAUCAUAACGAUCGAAUGUGGCAAUAAGAUCGUAAUUCUGUGCAUUUAACACAGUGGCCUUAUUUAUCUAUGUAAACACACCAAAAACAACAUUAACAUCAUAGCAGACACUGUAAAAAACCCAUUCUCAGCCACUAGACUUUUCUGACAGGGUAUUCGAGUGUCAGUAUGUUGUGGGACUGUUAUACAGGAGUUAUUAUUCUGGAUUAUAGGUCGCGAAAUUUAGCGUUUUUUAUUUUAGCGUUUAUUUUAAGCAUUACAGUAAAACAUGACCGCGGUUAUGAAUAUAUUAAAACAUAUGUUUGUUUGUUGCAAAAAUUCGUAAUAAUGACAAAAAUACUAAUUUGUGGAUCUCCUUACUUCCGGGUGCAGCUGUGGCUGGUGUAUUCUGGGAACUUUUCUUACCCCUUGGCUUCGAGUGUGGUCCUGAAAAAUCUUCGUUUGAAGGUGUAUCUAGCCCUUGCCCUUAGCCCUACGCCUUCAAGCUAAAGAGAAUUGGGACACACCUACCCCUUCACGGGAGCUCGCAAAACGAGGGGUAGGGGUAAUGCAGAGUUCAGACUGCUUGAUUUUAAAAUUGUGUCACAGAUGUUUUCACACUUCAUGACUAUCUGGGCCAGCGUUUUGUCGCUGCUUUGUUUACACUGCAAGAUGGAUCGGCGACUGGGGGUUUCACAUUGCAUGACUUUAAAAUAGGAAGAAUCGCCGACAACUUCGUCCAAACUAUGUCUCACAACCAAAAACACGUAGUAUAUCUUUUGUUAAUAACUACAUAACGAAAAAGAAGCCUUUAAUGGGGUAGAAAAUGUACAUAUUUGCUCACCUGGGGUUGAAGAGAAUUAGCAAUUUCUCCUCUGCUUUCUUUUUUGACCCAGUUGUGGUAUUGCUCAGAUGACACGUCAAACAGACACGGGUGCUCCUGCCAAAUUUCCACUAGUUUUUCCUCCAUUUCUUGCGUCCAAAUAAACUGAAAAUGAGCGCUUUUAACUUCUCCCCCAACCUCCUGCUGGCCUCAGGUACCCACACUAGUGGAUGCUGCUCUCUCAUUGGCUGUAGGUGAUCACCGAUGUUCUUUUCAUGAUUGCAUGAUUUUGAAUAGUCGACAGCUCCAGAUAUUUAGCAUGCCAAUUAUCUCACAGGCAUCGGCUAAUCAUCAGCGAUUGUCUCAGAUCACAUCUUUGAUAGUUCACAUUGUGUGAUUGUUACUCGCGUGCAUGAGCAUCGAUUUACCUGUGAUUUCAGGCAUUUGGCGGCAAUUUCUCAAAAACGGCGAGUCAAAAUCGGGGCUAAAAUCAUGCAGUCUGAACUCAGCAUAAGAGGAAGGGCUAAGGGGUAGAAUUGGAAUUGGGCCUUACUGUCAUUUGUAGGUAAAAGAAAAUGCUCAAGACUUUUUUUAUUUUACAAUGGGAAGAAAUAUCAUCAGUAGUUUACAGAAUAAAGCAAAAAUGACAUUUUAUUAAACGCAUAACUAUGAAUGGUAAGUCUAGGAAAGUCGAGAGUUUUCAAGCAGAAUGCAUAUAAUAUGCCUUUGUUUUGUAUAGAUUUGAACACAAAGCUGCAUUAACAAACUGAAAAUCUCUGCUUUACUGCACUGCUGGUGUAUUUUUGUUCGGAGCAGCUACUGUGUGUGUCCAGGCAGAUUUAUAAGAGAGUAAAUAAGGUGUUUAUUACAUGUAUCAGCUAGGUGCAGCAUUUGUGCUGAAAUUAGAAGCAAUACACUUUUAAUUUAGCACGAAUGCACUAAUGUAAUCAUUAUCAGUAUCAUUAGUUCAAUUUUGUCUUAGAGCCAUUGGAUAAAACUGGAAUUCUGAUGGCCAUUAAUUACUGUUUAGUGUCAUGAUUGAGACUGAACUGUGUUUCUUUGAAUGGUUGUAAUAUAAAGACAGGACACAGAUUUGCUACCGUGUAGUACGCUAUAUUUUUCGUGGUCUUGAAAAAAAUGCAUGAGGAAAUUUGCUGGCAGUUUUUUGACAUGAUGUUGGCUGGAGGAGCUGAUGAACUCCAGCAUUUGCUGUCCAGAUGUUUAAAGGCCUGCAGGUGUUACAGUGUCAACACAAUAUCAAUGAUGUUUAUACAGUACUGUAGCAGACUGGAAUUUUGUUCAUCUUUAAGGGGAUUUGAACCGAGUUAUAUCCUUUGAAACGACUCUGUGUAUAUUAUAUUAUAUUAAAUAAUACUUUAGAUACAUGUAGGCAUGGGACGAUAACCAAUUCAAGGUAUACUGCGGUUUGGAAAAGUCAAGGUUUAAAAAAUCGACAAAGUUUUCUGUUAUACCGUUGACAGUCAGAUUAUACUGUUAUACAGUUGAAGUCAGAAUUAUUAGCCCCCCUUUGAGUUUUUUUUUUUUUUCUUUUUUAAAUAUUUCCCAAGUGAUGCUUAACAGAGCAAGGAAAUUUUCACAGUAUGUCUGAUAAUGUUUUUUAUUCUGGAGAAAGUCUUAUUUGAGUUAUUCGGUUGAAAUAAAAGCAGUUUUUAAUUUAAAAAAAAACAUUUUAAGGUCAAAAUUAUUAGCCUCUUUAAGCUAUAUAGUCUUUAAGCUAUUCGAUAGUCUACAGAACAAACUGUCAUUAUACAAUAACUUGCCUAGCUACCCUAACCUGCCUAGUUAACCUAAUUAACCAAGUUAAGCCUUUAAAUGUCACUUUAAGCUGUAUAGAAGUGUCUUAAAAAUAUCUAGUCAAAUAUUCUUUACUGUCAUCAUGGCAAAGAUAAAAUAAAUCAGUUAUUAGAAAUGAGUAAUUAAAACUAUUAUGUUUAGAAAUGUAUUGAGAAAAUCUUCUCUCCAUCAAACAAAAA